UCGCUUAUUACCAUAUUUUAUAUUAGUCAGAACAACCUAUGUAAACCAUAAGUACUUAACUGGUCAUACAGUAACACGUAUAAUAUUUACUUCCUAUCUAUGACUCUGAAGGUCGGACUUGCUACCGGGUGUUUUUGAUUUUUCGUCUAUAAAAUUCAGAUUAAUUGAAGUCCAUUUCGAAAGAACAAAGAGGAAUGUCUUCAAAUCUAACCAUCCAAGACUUGGAAGAAGAUAAUUUUCGAAAAGAUGGCAUUGGAGUUACAAUAUUUUUAUCUUUACUUUGCGGUGUCGGUGUAUUUGGAAAUGCGCAUGCGUUUCUAAUUUACACUUUCCGUUUUAAAAAAACGAAUUGCCGUGUUUUUGUUCAAUGGCUGUCAUCGGUAGAUAUUGUCGUAUGUGUUAUCUGCAUUCCAUUCGAAAUAUCCAUUGUCGUUCGGAAUAUGACAUUUAAGUAUGCCAUCGUUUGCAAACUAUUCCGAUUCCUUACGCAUGCUCUAGUGAUGUCAUCCGGUUUCAUGUUAGCAGUAAUUGCAAUCCACCGGAAAAGAAAACUAGGGAAUCCCCAUGGCAGACAAUUUACACUAAAGAGGGCACACAUUGCUUGUUUUGUAGUUCUAAUAAUAGCAGGGCUAAUAUCUGUACCAAGUGUUUAUUUUUAUGGUGCUGUAGAAACUGGAACCCCGGAUGUAGAACGUUACCAGUGUACAGUCGAUCCGAAACAUUUUAUGUCAUCUUAUUUUAUUAUAUUCAUUGUUUUUUUAGCGGUUUUAUUGAAUAUUUUAUACAUAAUUUGCAUUAUCGCAUAUUCAAUUGUUAUAAAGAUAAUUACGAGCCAGAUCAAUAGUAGGUUCUCUACAAGGCUGCAGACAAAUGUCUAUUUACCAAAAAGCAACAGUGAUCAAAAGGAAAAGACACGUGAUAAAACUGAAAAACCGAAUGACAGUCUUAAAUACUCGCGGGAUAUUUCAUUUUUAUUUAUUGCGGCAUCAACUAUGUCUUACAUUGGAUAUUUGUUAACUGUGAUCAGUUUUCUAAUUGAUUUUAUCAAUCCAGACACUACUGGCUCCUUUAAAUCCGUGUCGGCCAUUUUGUACAGAGGAUUUUUCAUUAGUAGUGCGGGAAAUCCUGUCGUUUAUCUGUUUCUGGAAAGACAGUUCAGAGUGGAAUGUAAAAAUGUUUAUUCAAAAUUGUUUGGAAAAUGUUGUUGGAGCAAGGAACUAACGAUUAUCGUAUAAAUGUCUUCAUAUCAGGAACAUAACUACAACUGACCGUACAAGGGCUGUAUAGCCAGUCAAGGGAGUCUAAAACUUCCACCAUCAUCAGAACUAUUACCGUCUUAAUGCCGUCAGAGCAAGAAUAUAACUACAACCCACCGUGCAAGGGCUGUAUAUCCAGUCAAAGUCGUUAGAAACUUCCACCACCAGCAUAAAUAUGACCGUAUAAAUCUAAAGUCUUAUUCUAUCGAAACUGGAUAACUCAUAACAAGAUCAGAGUUCUAUCUUUUGAUCAGUUGGUAAUGGUCCAUAACAUAAAUUCUAAUUGUUCUUUUAGACACAUAAUCGUAAGUGCUUCCAUCUGUGAAUAUUAGUCAAUAGAUUACUUUCGAGUUCGUCAAUUACGUCAAAAUUUUCGAUUUUAGAGAACAUCAUUCGUGUGUUUAUGGGCGUCGUUCAAAAUUACGAAUAAUGAACAACAAUCUAGAUCGAAUGACGAUCACGAAGACGCAUGCUGAACUUUAAUAGAAACAACUCGAAAGAGGUCUACUUUAUCUGUUAUUUUAAUGGAUAUUUUGUUCUGUCGAUUUUAUAAACUAACAUAUCUGGCAGACUUCAAGUAAAAAUAAAACGAUUUAUAUCGUUUGAUCAUUGAUAAACUUAAGUUUGUAAUCGUGUAUGUUGGCUUUUUAAGUGCCGGAUUAAAAAAAGUUACUUCACUUUUCACUUCCGAAAGUACUGCUACACAUUUUAAACUUUUUCUUCAUGUUUCAUUUUUUAUUACCUUCACAACGCACUACACGAUGGAGCUAAUUGUUUGUCAUCAUCGACAAGAAUAUACAAUACAACAGAAUCACGUGACAAGUGUACUAUGUUAAAUAAAUUUAUCUUUAUAUUAUAUACCUGCAAGGGGUUAUUGUCUUUCGGUCCUUUUGAAGACUAAACCGGGAUUAUCUCAAGUUUUCAUAAAAUAUGGAACAGAGCAAAAAGUAUAGCCUGCGUUAGGUUAUCAUUUACCCUGGUUUAAAUGCAAUCUACAGAGUAUACACACACUUUAUUUGUGUUUUAAUGUAAAUAAAAGUUUUACUAUACAAUUUU